AUGUUGAAGACAUCACUCUUUUCUCUUGCCUCUCUUUCGGUCCUUUCGAGGACGGCCAAUGGCUAUGGGGUUACUGGUGUAUCUGCUGGCGUUAACCCUGACACUGGAGAACGACCCUCGCGCAUCGAUUUGAGAAACCUACAAUCGGCUGGCCCAGCAUUUGAUCUCUUCGUGCAAGCACUCGCUCAGUUUCAAAGCGAUGACCAGAGUGACUUGGUUUCGUAUUACGAAGUUGCAGGAAUCCAUGGUUAUCCAUACAGGUCUUGGGAUAACGUAGACGGUCAAUACCAAACAGGCUAUUGCUCGCAUGGAUCGCCAAUAUUUCCGACCUGGCAUCGACCUUAUCUCUCCCUAUUUGAGCAGCGCAUCUGGUCUUAUGCUCAAGACAUUGCGAAUUCAUACCCGGAUGACCAGCGCCAGUCAUACGUGGACGCAGCGACAACUCUAAGAGUUCCUUAUUGGGAUUGGGCAGUUAAUCCGAAUUUACCUGAAAGUACGACGUACCAGAAAAUCGCGAUCAAUUCUCCAACCGGCCAGCAGACGAUUGAUAACCCGUUAUAUUCGUACAAGUUUCAUCCGUUACCGCUGGGUACUGAUAUUCCUAACAAUGACCCUCUAGCGAAAUACCAGGAGACAGUCCGCUCCCCGGAUCCAAACACAGGCGUGACCCGAAUUGACAAUGUCAACUCGGGAAUGAGUUCCAACUCUGCAUGGUUGAAAUCGAGUACCUAUCAGCUUCUUUCAUCAGAAACAAACUACACAAUCUUUUCCAACAAUGUGUUGACAGACCGAGGUGAUAACUACAAUAAUCUUGAAAGCAUCCACGAUGGAGUACAUGCCCUAGUCGGUGACGGAGGUCAUAUGACAUACUUCAGCAUGGCUGCCUUUGAUCCCAUCUUCUGGAUGCAUCAUGCUUCAAUCGACCGCAUCUUCGCUCUCUGGGAAGUGCUCAACCCAGACUCCUAUGUUGAGCCAAUGGCCGACGCAUAUGGAACAUUCGUAAUUCCAGCAGGCGGAAUCGAAGAUGUCAAUACACCGCUAUAUCCAUUUCAUCGUUCCGAUGACCCGAAUGAUUGGUGGACAUCGGUUUCCAGUCGCUCGACUCGAGAUUUCGGGUAUACGUAUCCCGAGAUCCAGGACUGGGGUGUUGAUCAGGCUACACUUCAGAAUAAUGUGCGUACGGCAAUUAAUAAUUUGUAUAAUGCUCCGGCUCGUAUGGCUUCUACAUCAAGAAAGCAAAAGAGAGGGGCGUUCGACGGAGUGAAGGGGCUAGUCGAUGUGCCUGGAAGUGGGAAGAGCAUGGCAACAAAUGCAGUGGCAGGAAAAAUGACAGAGAGCGAUUUCGACAGUCUUGGAGUUAACAAUUUAGCCAGAAACUGGGCUAUCAAUGUUGCUGUUGACAAACAUGCACUAGGCGGAAACCCUUUUCAAAUCCAUUUCUUCUAUGGCCAACCAGAUGCUAGCAUCAAACCGAGCGACUACUACCAUGCCGAGAAUCUCAUCGGCACGUACCGAAUUUUCGCCGGUGCCAAUAAUACCCACAGUCUACAACUAUCUCCGAACCAACAACAUCGCUCAUUAUCUAGUGAUGGGGACACGCCGACUCUUUCCGCAGGACAGAUUUCGCUCUCUCCGCUUCUCGCGCGAGCGAUUGCAAAUGGAAUAUUACCAGACGAGACGUUGGGGCCUGAACACGUCGUCCCAACGCUCUCGGACAAUUUGAAUUGGCGGAUUACUGACUCAGCUGGCCAAGAAGUUCCCGUGGCAGAUUUAGCGGAUCAGGGCAAGUUGCGGGUUGGAGUGGUGUCGCGAGAGGUCGAUCCGAUUGUGCAGGGGGAGGAGCAUCGGUUCCCUCGGUAUGGAGAAUGGGUUCAAUGGGAAAACGCGACGAAGGGGAAGUCGGGGGCUGUGUAG